GACUUGUCUCACUAUCAUAAUUUGAUCCAUUUGGUCCGAUCACAUUUCAAAAGCCUCGAAGAGCUGCACGAUUGAAUUAUUUCAUCCCCAUUCAAGUUAGCUGGAGGGCUGAACCGGAAGUAUCCGACUCGGCCGGCGAAAGUCAUUACUGCGCUCGCUCUAUGGGCCGCACAGAUGCGGAAGCAAUGCGGAAGUUGUUGAACCUUUUUGGCUUCAUGCGCCACUCAUGGCGCCACUGAGCAACUUUCAUAGGAAUGAACGGGGCCCCGCCUCCGAUGCUGUAUCCAGUUCUCUUUAUAUAUCCAUGAUACAGUCAUGUUCUGCUCACUUUCACUUUCUCUCCCCUGCUGCUGCAUUACCACGCGCAUGCGCCCAGCAGCGAGACACCUACGGCACAGGAGUAUACUAUCUCAAGAGUUAACUGUUAGAUAAUAUUUAGGCUAUAGAUGUAUGGCUGUUGUGCCUUUUCGAUGAGUUGGGGAAAAUGGUUAAAAAUACUAAGCGUGUCGCAACACAAUGAGCUGCCGUGAGUUGUUGAAAUCAAAAGUGAAAGUCCGUUUGUGUUUGUGUGCUCUCGUAGUUAUUUCACUUCAUCCUGUUUUAACGUUACUCAAUUUUUAAGUUAUAAAAACAUUCGUGAUUCGUGAUUCAUGAUGAUGAUGAUGAUGAUUGAAGUAAUUUUGUUUGGAUACUUCAUGGCGUGCGUUUCUGCUAAUGGGGUUGCAGAUGUGGUGCUGUCUUGCGCCCUGGUGGAGGAGGGAGUUGGACUGGGUGGAAUGGGAGGAGGCUCUCACUUCACCCGGACUCCAGCCACUCUUGUCUUGAGAGAUGUUGCAGUGGCUCCUGACGAAUCCCUUGAGGCGCUCACGCCAUUUGUCCCGCCCUCGAUCGUUGAUCCAGAUGCCAUCCUGUUUGAGGCCAAAGUGUCAUCACCGGACAUCCCCAAGGCAGACGUGUUGCUCCACGCGGACUGCAAUGAGCAGGAGGUGAUGUGUGAAAUAAGCCGUUACUCUCCUCGUGGCUCCCAGGAAGGUUCAGAACCAGCCUAUUUUAUGGUGUCCCUUAAUGUGGAAGGAGUUGAUUUCAGCACCUCAAUGAUUCUGCGGACUUUGACGCUAGAGAGGGACCAGUCAACCCUGAUACAAAACAAACUGAGCCUGCCUCUUAGCCAGUCGGGAACUCUGCCAACUGAGGUGAUAUUCCUGGUGUUUACCCCGGUAAAGUCUGUAUCUGCCCCUCUGAGAGGUGAUGUUCUCCUCAACUGUGGCUUCAAGCAGCAGGAGACACCCCUAGCGCAGGAAGUGGGCAUUGAGUGGAGAUUGCAGCAUAGAGGAAAAGGACGGAAAGUGCUUGAGAUGAAGACACGACUGGAUGAUUUAGAGGGGAGCACAGUGGUGAAUGCUGAGAGGAGAGGCUCAAGCAUCGAUGCUGCCCUGGUUGUUAGUGAAGGUGACGCCUCUGCGACUCUGACCAAGCUAAAGGUUAUGGAUGAGGGGACCUACAUCUGUACAGUCAGUAUAGGCCUUUUCCAUGCCCAGCAGGUCAUUCAACUCCAUAUUAUUCAACCGCCCAGUGUUUCACUCUCAGAGGAGAAGUUGGUUUUGAAGUCGUCACCUCAGACACUGAGCUGCCACUGCAGUAAAUACUACCCACUGGAUGCUCAGAUGGAGUGGUUAUCCCUCUCUCCUACAGACUCAGAACCCACUCUUUUUAAAGACCAGGGCUCUCUGUCCAGCCAUCGGCAGCAUGGCGACGGGAGUUACUCUCUGUCAUCUCACCUCACUGUGCCCUCCGACAUCUCCCCUGGAACUAAAAUUACUUGCAAGGUGUCUCACCCUGCCCUGGACGCUCCUCUCUCUAACAGUGUGCUGGUAGAAAGUCCUGAACCAGAUUCCUAUUGGUGGGUUCUGGGCUUCUUGGUCAUCACUGUGCUUUUCUUCUACCAGGUCAUGAAAUAGAUUAGUAGAUGUUCUAGUAGGUCAUCCAGAUCUGAAACUGAGCCCACAAAGUUUAUGUUAUAAUGAUUAUGUCACUCUUGGAUUACUGAUUUCUUACUUCUUACUUCUAGCUGAGCUGGAAAAUACAAACUUAUGUCUGUAGAUUAUAACUGUAUUUCAGUUUUUAGCUAUAUAAUUUAUGUGCUUUAUUAAGUUGUUGUUGAGUGUUAUCAGGGGUAAAGUUGCACUAUACAAGUUUGGAGCUUGUUUCUUGUUUCCUUCUUCAGACUUUGCAUAAUCACACAAAUUUUAUUUGAAGGCAAAUAUUAAAUCAAUGGUACUGAAAAUAUUGAUAAUCUGAGACAUACAUCAGUAAUGUAUGGUCAGUAAAUGAUUAUUGUUUUCUUGAAUUUGAAGUGUUGCUUUCCUGUCCAUGUUUUACUAUUAAUUACCCAUCAGAAGUCUACAGAGUUGCAUAAAUCUUGCACCACAAGAAUAACAAAUACAACUGAAAUUAGCAGUUAUACAGCAACAGAGCGAGUAACAAUAAAACAUGAGACUGUGGGUCUGAUUCUGACUGGAUUACGUUAUGCAGGUCUUGAACUGUUCAUAAUGCUACUGUGUGUACACUGAGAGUUAAUGUGGGUUUAUUUGUUCCACUCAUCAGAAUAGAGUGGAAAAUUGGGCCAUGCACUCGUUUGUUUGCUAGCUCUAUUACCACUGGUAUACUGUUAAUUAGUGUCUUGGUUUAAAGCAUUGUAAGUUUAUUUUUGCACGAGAGGACUUAUUUGUCAUACUGUUUUCAUUUGGUUCUUACUGACGCUAUUUUAAAUGUAGCAUACACUGUAUGCCUUGUUCUCUUUUUGUGUGUGGUGUAGAUAUUGUACUUUUCAUUUCACAAUGAAGGAUUUUGUCUCUCAAUAUUAGUACAUUUCUUUUUUUUUUUUUUACAACUGAUUUAAGCUUUGUUGUAGAUAAAUCACAGACUUUCUCUUUAAAAAAAACAGAAAAUUUUUGUCAGAAUCAUAAUCUGUAUGUUGGCAUGAUGAAGCUGAAGUGCACCAGUGGAGUAGACUGUGGAUAAACAUUUGUAAACAAGGUCUGAAUUGGCCCAUUAUGUUAAGAAAAUACAACAAAGGUCAGCAUA